ACGGUACCUGAUACAUGGUAAGACCUGAUCCGGUUUUACAUGAUGCAUCACCCUCAACACAGGGCGAGUUGCGACUUGACCUGAGACUGAACAAUUCGGUCUAUUGUAGUGGGUGCUAGAGUCAACAUUUAAAAGGGGACAACCAAAUCCUGUUGGGGGAAUGGAGACCAUUUCAAAGGAAAGAGACCUGCUUGUUUGCUGCAUUUGCCGUCACAAACACGGUGUCUGCAUAAAGACUGGUGGAGGCAAGUUUUUUCAGCACAAGGCUUAUUGUGAAAAGCAUAGCUUGGAUCAGAAAAAGAAGGCUGAGAGUCUGCAACAUGGACCUGAUGAGGUCCGCUGCAUUAAGCAAAUCCGGGUCAGUGAGAAUCCAGUAGGCCUGAGCUACCUGUUGAGGUUGCAGGGCCUACUACGCACAAUUCGAAUGAAGAAUAUUGGUGGAGGCAAUGAUGACGCUGGCCUAGAAGCCGCAGAAGAUGGACAGGCAGUGUUAUCUCAGGGUCCGCCAAGCACGACGGCACCGGUGAUGACAGGCGCGACCAUGACUUUGUAUUAUUUGUGGAACCUAAUGUUGUGUAACAGUUUGAUUGAGUUAAACUUUAAAUAGACUGUUGUUAACUAUUUUGUUGGUAUUGUGGCUUUCAUGAUUGAUUGUUUCA